AUGUAUGGUCAAUCAAAACUGAACUUUCAACUUCUGCCAUCAAUUAUUCUCCUGUUUCCUCUUCUGGUUGAUGCUCUUCUUCCUACCAAUACUGAUGACGAGGGUUUAUCAGACCCAACUAGCGAGUCGGUCUUUGAUUUGAUGGCUACUGUUCUAAUUGCAUCGAUCCUAACGAUUGAUGUUGAUCGUAUAAAACGUGGAAGAAAAGCUUACAAAGUUACAAAAGACACUUUUUUUAUUGAAUAUCUUAUAACAACGCUUUUGUCGGGCAUUCUUCUAUACGGUUUCAAUGCUGUUAUGAUAUGCUGUAUGCGAAAUAUACCUGUAAAAUACUUUGAGCUACUUCCUACAUUUUUAACUUGUACGUGUAUGUUCGGCAACGACUUGACUUUCGGCUUUCUGGCUGUGAGACGUGGAUACGUGAAUUCGUGGUUUGUGUUUGGACCCGUUAUCGUAGCAUUUUUUAUUGGCGUAGGGAUAUUCAUGUACGUUCUAAAGUGGGAACUGACAUCUGAUCAUUAUGUGAAAGAGGAUGAAAAGCUUAAAAAAUUGUUUAAAGUUUACCAGAGAAAAUCUCGAAGGGCAACAUGGAUAAUUGGAUUUUGUUCCCAAUUAAUGUUUUGUUUGAUAGUUGCACCAUCAGUUCUUUGGAUAAAAUUUCAUCUUACGUUGGGUUUUAUAGCUUUUACAAUGGAAGACAUUUCUAUGAAAUUACAACGUAGAAUUGAGGAAACUGAGAUAAUUAAGAAUGAAACAGAAAAUGGAACAGCGUCGGCUAAUGAAAAAGAUGUUGCGAUUGAAAUUUUUUAA